AGGGCUAUCCUUCAAGGGCCUGAAGCGUGUAGCUGUGGGAGGAGUGGGGUCAGCGGGAGCGCGGGGCGUGUCGCUCGCGCCGCCCAUCGGCGUUAUUUAAGCGGCGCGCGCGCACGCGUGCCGGGCAGCUGAAGCCCGCGCACAGUUCAACCGCGACGCCGAUAGCCGCGAUCUCGGAGUUCGCGCGUUUCACCCGGCAUCUGUACGGCCUUGGCAUCGCCUUCAAAUCAGCUUACAUUCGUUUCUGCAUAUAAGCGGUAGCAGCAUGCUUAUCAACUGUGCGGUGGUUUUGGUGACGGCGUGGGCGCUGCAGCCCGCAGAGGCCGCCACGGCCGCCAGCGUGAAGCUGUGCGGACGCAAGCUCAGUGACAUCAUGAGCAGGGUCUGCCACGUCUACAAUAGCCCCUCCUGGGGUGACCCCACAGUAGUAGUGCAUCCAGGCAUGCGUCGGAAGAGACAGGCUGGCAUCGCGGACGAGUGUUGUACCUUCGGGUGCACGUGGGAACAGCUCAAUGAAUACUGCGCCAUCAGUUCUAAUUCGGAGUCGGCGCUGAGCGAGCUGGAGGCCCACAUGCUGGAAACGCGAGGCACGGAGCACAAGCGCGAGGCGGAGCGGCAGGCCGCGCCGGAGACGCCGCCCGAGGUGGGACGCCGCAGUCGCGGGUACGGGCGCAGGAGGGGCCGUUGUUGGUGCCGGCGCAAGCGGCGCACGGGCCGACGGCGUACUCUCAUGGGUAACAUGAUACGAGACCAAAUCAAUAACAGACCAGAGCCCGUCGUGGGAACCGUGUCCCCGGUGCUGACGUGGGGCCGCACCCUCAACACCGACCUGCCGCCCGUGGAGCGCGACCGCUACAACUACAUCGCCGUCUAUUCUUAAAAAAACAUCGCUAUUAAAAACUAGAGUUUUAACUUGUCUGAGCCAAUUGGAAGCUAGCGACGAUACUGGAGGCGACGAGAAACAUGCCUCUUAAUUCAGCGCUAGUCGCUGACACAUUGACGUGUCGCCUAUUGCGAAGUUUUUCCACCGGGAAACCCAUGGUGUCUGCUACCGCGUAGCGCUACAACCGUAGCUCAGCAGUGAAUGAGUUAAAAUGGGCUGCCUGAAGUGCCUGGUUGAAAGAUAUAACGUGUUGCUGUCAAGCAAAGUUUUAUGCCGGUGUCAUACAAAUAUAAAUAGGAUAACAAUUUAGAUAUUUAAUUAUAUUAUCCUAGUGGAAGUAAACCCAUAUUAUAAUGGUACGGUAUGACGUGUUAUAAUUAGGUAUCAAAGCCUCAAAAAAAUCCGUUUUCAUUGUUUCUUGAGUGCCUAUUCGGUUGACUCUUCCUGUAUUAUGGCACCAACACCAACAAUAGGGUUAGCAUCUGCCACAGAUGAACGCGGUAACCGGUGUGUUUCUGUUGGUGUUCAUAUAGGGGCCGUGCGCGUUGGAGAGUCUGCCAUCUUGUGGCCUGAAUCGGAAACAUAAACCGUACAUUGACACUUUACGCCAAAGCAAGUGCUGCCCUCUACAGUUCACGAAUGUUUUCUUGUGCAUUGUAGGAUCUACCAUCUUGUGGGCUACAAGCUUAAACUUGACAUUUACACUUCACUCCAAUAAACAGGGGGUUCCAAACAGCUUGUGCUGCCCCCUACAGAUCAUGCACGCUCCCUAUUGUUCAACUCGAUCAGUAAACCGAAUGUACGGUAUAUUGAGCUAAUAUUGAAAUAAUUAUUUCAACAGUUAUUACAUUUUGAAGGGUGCAUGAUUACAACAGUAGGUACCUAGCAAUUAGCUUGUAAAAUUGUAGAAAAUAAAAUAUUGUAAUGAGUAAAUAGAACAGCCACCUAGAAAUAUAAUUUUGAUGCAAUUGAUUCGCUAGUAGGUAAGUAAAUAGGUAUCUUAGUUAUUAUUUUUAUAUUAUAUAAAAGUUUUAAAUUAUCAAUAUCAGCAAUUUUAAUAUUAAAUGGAAUUUUACAAUAGACACUAUAGCUAUCGUAAAUAAAAUAAAAGAUAAUUCAUUCCAAAUGACUACCGCCUUGAGUAUGAGAACGAAUUUUUAUCCUACCUAUGGACAGUUUUAAAUAUUUAAAGAAAACUGGUAUUAUGGAUAAAAUGUAGUGUACCUAGAUUGACAUGUGUGAUGUGUUCAAUUGUCAUUAUUAUAUAUUAUGUCAUUUAUGUCUAAUAAUUAAGUUACUUGAGGUCUCGAAAAAUUCGGUCAAUUAGGCAAGCAGCAAGUAGGAAUUUUAUACCACCUUAAAAAUCAUUGUAAUUUAUAAUCAUUUAUGAACUUGUACUAGAAUAAUAAUUAAGAGUGCAUUAUCAUCCUUUAUAAUAAUAGUUCAAAUAAUCUAAGAUAAUAAUAUAACAAAUAACUUCUAUAAUAUAAGGUUCAAAGAUCUCUAAAGCAUCUGUGAUAAUUCCAACCGAGAACUUUAAUUUAUAAAUAUUUUGUAGAAUCACCAUAAUUGUGUAGCAUAAAGUAUUUUCUUUGACAUGAUAGCAAAUGCAUUGUAUGUAGUUUUAAGUAAUUAAAUAUAAAAUAGGAAUCAAUUUGACUGAAGUGGAUGCUGUAAUAGAAAAAUCAUCCUCAUAUACAUUCUCUUAUUUAAUAUUUCAUUAAGCAUCUAAGCAACACAAAGGUCCAUUAAAAUAAUACAUGGUUUGAACAA